AUGCGUGAGUGGUACGAACGGUACGUCAUCGAGCCCACAUUAGCGUCGCUGGAAGAGUUUCAAGAACGCGACAGCGGGUGGGCAUUGUCUCGAAUUCUCAACCUAACUGUUAAUGUAAACAAAUUGGAUCCCAUGCACGCGGGAUGUCACUUCGAGGUGCCGCGAGACAGCGAUGAAACGAGCGGUGGCGACAAGAAGGAGAAGCACGUGAACGUGCUAUAUCUACAAGAUCCACACAACGAUGGUGUAGGCUACUUUGCAUGGAUAAAGGAUCUAUCUCGCCUCGUGAGAUCGCAACUAACUGGAAAUAAGAACAAGAUAUUCUUCUGUGAUCGCGAGGACUGUCAAAAUUUGAACGACUGCGCCAUUCGCCUGCCGAACGGGGACGACAGAUGGCUCGAAUUCGACAACCACAACAACAUAGAGCGUGUACCAUUCAUCGUGUACGCCGAUCUGGAGUGCGUCCUGCGGAAGACGGAGCCCAACAAAGAAGAUGCGUCGUCGUACGAGUAUCAGCGGCAUGAAGUAUUCAGCAUUGGAUACUACGUGCGAUGCUCGUACGACAAUUCGUUAUCAUCAUAUCACUUCCAACGCGAUGAAAAUUGUAUAUCAUGGACCCCGCACAAACCUAUGGGAAGUGGCCCUCGGUUAAAUUCGCUCAAAUUGAUGUAUGUCGUAGUCCUUAAUGUUCUGAUGAAAAGUCUCCAUGGUCACAAAGCUUGA